AUGGCCCAGUUCCUUGAUCAAUAUGUCUCCGGCGAUGUUGUUCCCGCCUACUACUCGGAGCAUUUUGACCAGUCUGAAGCCGAGCAAGAGUUGGUGUACACCAACUAUCUUGCGCUUCCUCCAUCGGCCAGCCCGGAGUACUACGCUCAGGCUUGUGGUAGCCAGGAUGAUCCGUAUGCUAAUUCUUCUGUCAUGCCCGCUUUGGAUGCCGAGUAUUACGGCCACUAUGGUGUAGACGGUUCACAGUACUCGGCUCAGCAAUCUGGUCCUUCGGCGUAUGCAGAUGUUGAGUCUUUGCAGACGGAUCAGAUUUCUUCUGUGGACUACGUUCUCGCGGAUGGAUCAUCAAACGUGGCAACUAUCGUGGAUGGCGGACAUGGUGUAGCUUUGCAGGCAACAAUUUCUGGUUCGCCAGAGGCGGAAAUUCACGAUCACUUCCCCGUCGUGCCUCCUCACUGGGUCGACAAUUCUACGGUCAACGGCUUCCUCACAGAUAGUCAAGUCGCCUCGGGAUCGCUCCCCGCAUCGUCGUAUAUUCAGCCGUCAAUAACUGGUGCUGAAUUCUGCGGUCCCCCGAAUGGCUGUGGCAUUUCACCCGUCGGUGCUUCGCUGUCCGAGGACUUGGAUCCUGAGGCACCCAACGGAAUACCAGAGCCAGUGGCAUACAACAGGCAACGGGAGUUUGUGGCACUGCUGAGUGGUCCUCCCUGUUCGUUCGACCCGUCGGCCAAUGGCGAUGCAGACGAGCUGGAGGCGCUGAUUUCUACGCCGGUCUAUCAUGACGACUUCGUGUUAACACUCUGGUACUACGAAAUGUGCAAACACUCACCUGAAGCUGCGGCCAUGGCUCAGGAGUACUGUAUGCAGGUGUAUAGGGCUAAAAUGUCCUAUGGCCAAGAACACGAGGAAGAAAAUUCGGGUAUGGAGCCUCAGGCCUCCACGUAUGCAGAGGUGCAACAAGAAUCUCGGGAGCCCGAAGGUCUCCAACAGGUACGACCGCAUGUGAUAUCGAGCGUGCCAAUAGAGGCACCAAAAUCAGCCCAGCCUGUUUAUGACGCCCGGCCGUCCCAGGAUCAGGUACAAACUGGUAGUUCGUCGUCUAGACUUGCUUUUUGCAAUGAACCGUCGCAAUGUUGGCCGCAAGAGGGAGAGUCUUCGUUGGCGCAGAUCGUCCAGUCGGCUCCCUUACAGGAUGCAUCGAACGCAACGGCCGUUCACCCUUCAAAACGCCGUCGGGACGAGGAGAAUAAUUCGCCCCGAAUUAUUGCCAUCGAGCCUGGGCCGGAAGAAGCUAGGCCGCUGAAGAGGGCGAGAGUUGGAGAUAGAGAACAGGCCUCGACUGCCUCGGAAAUUAACACAGAUCCAUCCCUUGCCCCUCUCAGCCCUGCGCCCGUCCUCGAAGACACACCGGUUGCCGGUCCUUCAACCUCUUCCAACGUCCCUCCUGCGCCCCAGCGCAUCUUCGAUGCAAAACGCUGGAUGCGACUCAUUCUCCACCAGCACGCCCCUUACCCCUGCCGGAUCGCCCCCGAACUCCAGAACAUACAGGGCUGUCAGGGUCACAUUGACGGCACCCUGGCGGAUACGCGCGCACACGUCCUGUAUUGUCGCGCGCGCGGGCCCAGCGACAUGUACGAGUGCGGGUGGAUUUCAUCCAGCGGGCACCGCUGUACGCAACAGAUAAAGCGGAGCCACUAUGGGCGGCACAUAUUCGAGUGCCAUGGCCCGCCGGGUGGGGAGUACAGGCUGGAGUGCAAGGCGUGUAACUGGCGCCAUAAUGGACGGGCGGAAAGUGGGUAUCGCCAUGCGAAGACGUGCAAGGACGUCCUGGACCGGUUCCGAAGAGGUCUAUCACCGCCACCAUAG